UUUUUUGCUUUAAAAACAACGCAUUUCACGUUUCUUGAUAACUUCCUGGUGCAUGAGAACAAGAGGGGGUAUUGGAAUAUUUAAAGAAAACAACAGGGUUUACCGGUGCACAUGACAUUAAAAGAUGGAGAAGCAGAUUGUGAAAGCAGGAUGGCUGCAGAGGAGAAGCAGUGUGGUGCACCGAUGGAAGCGUUGUUGGUUUGUGCUGUACCGGGAUGGAAAUCUGACCAGGUUUGAGUCUCCAGACAGUCGCCACCCAGAAAAGUCUCUCAUCCUUCGUGCUGUAUGUGUUGGUCUGAGGACUGGUGCUGAGUGCCAGUUUGAGGCGCCAGAUGGAGCAGGUAGUGGACAGCUGCUGCACCUCCAGAUGCGGGACCAUAAUGAUGACCUCAAACUGUGUGCAGAGAACAUGGAUGAUAUGAAAGCGUGGCAGCUGACAAUAGAGGAGGCACGGUCAACCGCUGGUGCCCAGGUCCCUGCAGGCUCCCAAGUUUUUUACCCCCAGGUUGUCUCACAUGUGUACGGGGGAUACCCUGGACAAAUCAUCACCCAACAAGGACAGACAUCAGUGACAGCGAUUCCAAAUGCUGCUGGAGGCAACACAGUGGUUAUGGCCAACCAGCCAGGGUACGUGAUUUGUGAGGAACCUAGGUACCAUUAUGGGCGCGGGCAUUAUGGGCGUGGAAACAUGUGGGGGCCCGUCUUCUGGUGGUAGGCCCAUGGCGUGAGUGCAGACAUUAUCACUGACUGUCAUUAGCACUGUCUGCUGACAAAAUAGUGCUUAUUCAUUGCAAUAUUCAUAUUUAUAUUCAUGUAUAAUUACAACAAAAUGAUACAACCACAUGUGCAUGUAUUCGAGUUUAUGAUUAAUUUAUGAAGAGAUGAUUUUGAUGAUAAGAGAUCACCUUGGGUACAGAUUGAAAAAAAGGAAAAUAUCUGCAUGAUUCAUUUUUGUUAUUUUCUGAUCAUGGUAUAUACUUUCCUCUGUUGAAUAAAGAUAUGUAUGUGAGUGUGUUUUGAUUCUUUAUGAUAUUUUACAGCAUUUACCAAGGUUGAAGUCUUAAAAUGUUAAUUGUUUCUGAUUCUUAAAUAUUGACAAUGUUAACAUGUUCAUCAAUAAUGGCUUCAAUGGAAAUGAUGUGAUGGUUGUUUUCUUAUCGUAUUGUGUUAUUGUGAUUAUAUAUCAUAUAUCAUUUUGAUUUAUUUCGGUCUGGUUAUAAAAACUUGAGAUGUACAAAUACAUGUAGCCUAAUUUGACAGGGAAUGAAGCAAUGUAACUAUUGAAUUUAUGUUGGUUGUCUUGAGGCUGAGACGCCCUACUUGGGAUACAGUAUUCAGUGUUUAAGGAGUACUCUGGACUCGGGAGGGUGGUUCAAAAAUUGUUAUUAGCAGUAUGGAGCCUCAUUAAGUAUUAAUACUAUUUGCUACGCACGUUUUGGGUAGAAAUCAAUGGGGUAUUGGUGAUUAUCUGAAAUACUGGUAUUUGAGGAGCAAUGUUUAUCAACUUAUUCCUCAGAAUGGCAUUCGAAAAAUGUUAUUUGUAUUACACUCAUAAAAAUUUUCCUGAUAACAUUUUUCCUAAAAUGUAACUAUUUUAAUGUUGGGAAUAUUUUUGCAAUUAAAACUAAUUCAUAUUUAGCAUUACUGUUAUAUACUUGUGAUUCUUUUACAAAAUGAUGAAUGUUUUAUUCUUAAUGUGAUAUUGAAUGUUCAGUUUGUGUUUUAGAUGUUAUUGACUUUCAAUUUGUUACCCAAAAUUACCAAAUAAAGUAAUAUUAUUGUAAGA